AUGGUAGAUGUUGACUCACCUUCCUCACACAGUGCAUUCUCGACAAACGACCCAACAGCAACACAGACAUCAUACAAACGAUUCCACCCACGGCGCAUUGGCAAAAGCAGUGAUCUCGACCGAUUGUUCCAACACCUUGCUGAAUCAAGCCAACAGUUAGGCCCUGAACGCGUGUUUAAAUCUCUCAGAACAGCGCUGUACCAUGCCAGUGGGUACAGACCUGAGCUAGCAUGGCGAAUAUUUCAACAAAUGAUAGAACACAAGGUGACCGACUUAAUGGGCGCAAAUCAUUAUGGACACUUGUUGAACAUAAUAAAGUAUGGGACAGACCAGGCGUCGGUUACAAGGAUGCUAACGGUGCUGGAUCAUAUGCGGGAGGAUCAAAAGACAUUGAUGCACUAUUCUCAAGUCUUAUUUGCUAUGAGUCGAGUGGGGGAUGCAUCAGGUGCAUGUACACUGAUCAACGAAAUAAAACACCAAGGACAUAUCCCGCCAUCAAGCCAUUAUACGUCAUUGGCAAUUGCAGCAAGGAACGACAAAGGACAUGGUGCCACCCAAGAGGCAGCAGAACUCAUGAUGGACGCCAUGAAGAAGGGCGAUGUGGUAUUGGAGACUGAUGCGUGCGUCACUAUGAUCAGCUUAUUGUCAAGGCGGAGGACGCAACAACAAAUGACGGCUACAGUAGAGGAUGAUGGGAUCGAUAGAACAGUCAAGUUCUUGGAGGCGGUGGAAUAUGCACGCAAUAGCAAGAAAGAAGAGGAUGAUACCCCGGCAGUCACAAAGUCAAGAUACAACGUCCACAUGUAUACGUCGCUGAUAUCCGGUUUGGCAAACAAGGGAGAUGCCAUAAAUGCAAAGCGAUUAUAUGACGAGAUGCGGCAGCAAGGAUUAAAGCCGACGGUUGCUACACGAACAGCUCUGAUAGAGGCAUAUGGACGGGCAGGCGAUUUUGACGCAGCAUUGAAGUUGCUCAAUCGCAAGCAUAGACAUAACAAUGCCAUGGUGACUUCUGUUCUGACCAAUGCGAUACGGCAUAGCAAGUGGGAUGUGGCGGAGAUGUUGGCAGCAUCGUGGAUUGAAAGGUUGGAAAGUGCAAAGACGGACGACAAGUUGCGGGCAGCUUUAUUGUGGGUCAAGGUCAAGUGCGAUUUGGACGAUGCACGGACGUUCUUUGACACGUUAUAUCACAAAGAUUCAUCAUUUGUUAAUUCGGUGAUGGUGAACCACUUGGUCACGGAAAGUGGUAAUCGGCGAUCCAAGCAAAAGGUUGAGGAGUCAUACAACCUGCAUCAAUCGACGAGAACGCCGCCAUCCCUACGCUCGCAGCAUCUGCUGGUGGAUGCAUUGUUCAAAUGUCGCGACGUGCCUGCAGCCUUGACUGCUUUCAUGAAUAUGCGGCGGCAGGGCGUACCGGAUGAUAUCACAAUGGCAAUGGUGGUUCGUGGUCUGGUCAUGAAUGACGAAGAUACUGUAGCCUGGAACGUGUUUCGCGCUCUUAGGUCGGACAAUCUACAGCGAAACUUGCGGGCCUAUACCAGCAUGCUUAAGGCGUUUGCAAAGAAGCAGUCUUCCGAAGGUGUCGUCAGCAAGGAAAUACUUAGCAUGUGGCCAGAAUUACAUGCGGUCCUAUCAGGCAAGGAUCCCGCCACUGCCAUCGUACACACGCCGCCUUUAAUGACACCCCUGAUCAAGGAUCCGUCUCAAGCAUACCUCCUCUUCCGCGAAAUGACCGGUUACCAGACGCCCAACGAGUAUACGUAUACCACACUUAUUGCGUGUUUUUCAAAACACAGUCUUGCUCGGGCGACCGAAGUAUUUUCGCACAUGUGUGCAUCCGGGGUCGUGCCGACGAUACAAACAUAUACGGCAAUGCUACAAGCAUGUUCCAUCUUCCGAAGCGCACGGAGUGCAUUGUUGGUGUUUCGGCAUAUGCGGGAUCAGCAAGUGACUCCAAACACGGCAACGUGGCACUACCUUCUCAAGGCAUUGGUCCGUGCACGUGUGGAUCCGGCAAAAGUAGAUGAGAUUGGACAUAUGGCGCGUGAGUCGAUGGCAAAUAAAAAGUCUUGA